GAUAUUAUCUAAAGUGAGAUGGAAUCUUUUUCUUUCACUUUAUUUUCUUCGAAAUCUACUCGUUUUCUACGAAACUGACUCACCCACAAACGCACACACACUUCCUCUCAUCCAACUGUAAGUUUGUUAGUUAUGCUCGUGUUUUUACAAGGCUGUACAUUCACAAUAUCAGUUGUAUCUCAAUCCCCAAGAAAAUAACGACUGACUGGAUUACGUUUCUUCGAAUGUAUCUCGAUCGACAUUAGAUUCUGUUUAAUACUCUCUAUCUCUCGUUCUUUUAUGUUUUGUUUUUUUUUACGAGAUAUAAAAUUUGUUGAAUUCUCUAAUUUCCAUAACUGCCCACCCAUUCGAACACGAUGUGCACCGAACUAAGUCUAAAUGAAAUCCGCUAUUCUCAGGAUUCUAUAAGCAACACAUUUUAUAAUGGAGAAACAUUAGAUAAAGUGAUUUCAACUAUUAUCGGUGGUGAAACUAUGACAGACAAUAUGACAAAAAUAGCAGUUUUCAAAGAAUAUGGAAAAUACUACGCUUGUGACAAUAGAAAGCUUUACGUUUUGAAAGAAGUGCAACGUAGCAAACCAAACUUUAAGAUCACGACGAAAUUUGUGAAGCUCAGUGAUAAAUCGAAGUUUACAACGAAGAACGAUGGUACUAGUAUCAGAAUUCGACGUUCACCUAGUCGUAGUGGAACGGUCGGGAGGCCAAAUGACGCGAAACGUCAUUCCAGUCAUAAUAAUUCCGUAAUGGACGACUUAGAUCGUAUGUUCGGUUUCGACUUGGCAGAGGAAAUUGAAUGUGCACAAGACUACGAUCAUAUGGCCAACGCUUAUUUUGACUUGGCAGAGGAAAUUGAAUAUAUGAAUGAUUUUGAUUAUGACUGCACCUUUGAUUUCUAA